GUGAAGUGCGUUCGCGAUGUAGGCCCCGCCUCCCUCUCCUCAGAUAGAACUCCUGGCCCUUUCCUAUCCACUCACCACGGACCCCCGAUCCACUGGCCGAGUACGAUGUCCGCAAAAGAAUACGCAAAGCUCCCACACAGUCAGGAAACCAAGAUCAGGCCGUGCAAUGUCAAUCCCAUCACUGGCAAGAACAUCUCCCCUUUCCACAUCCUCUCAUGCGGGCACUUGGCCGCUGUCAAUGGCGCCGAUUGGAGUUGCGCGUUGAACUGUUUUUAUACUGCCAGCAUCGCCUCCCCUUCGCCUGACUCAGUGCCUGACGUAAAUCACAUCUACUGUGAGUCUUGCCAAAACCUACCCAUUAGCAGCUACGAGGCUAUUCAUCCUGCACACCAUCUACGCCCAGCCUUGUCUCCAACGCAAAUCGUCAUCGGCCACUACACCGACUACGACGAACAAGAACUGGCGAUCCCCUCGUUCUUCGCGAGGUUGAGUCGUCACAGGGACAAUCCCCAAUACAUACACCGUCUUCUCUGCGGCCACGAAGUCUUCUGCGCCACCCCUCGCUCUUGUGCGUCCAACUGCAAACAACAAUCGCACUGCCCGAGCUUCGGUUUUCGAGCGUCUAGACUGGACGAUGCUAUCGUUUGUCGCGAGUGCGUUUCCGAGGCAGAGAAAGUGUAUUUUCAAUUCGCCUCCACCGGUGGAGUUCACGCUCGAGAUAUCGUACAACAGUACGGUGUUUUGAUUCCUAGCAGUCACCCUGUUAGAAUGUCGCUAGAUCGACUCGGCGGGGCGAGUGGUGCAGAAUCAAUGCGAUAUGUGCGCCUAUACGAUGCUGCGGGAUUCAUCUUGAACUGA